CAACCGAGGAGAACUGGUGGCCCAAGAGGUCCCUGAUUUGUACUUAGGAGGUACAAUUGAAAUAUCAAGAUCUAGGACUUCACCGCUCGGCCCUGGAAACGGUGCAAUGCGUGCAUCAGGACGCUUUCCAAGAGCAGGAACAGAGAAGUAGAUGUGUACACCUUGUUCAUUUGUUAGAUUCAGCUGUGACGACUCACUUCUUGACUGAUUGACCCCGAGCACGGUGGGGGAGCUCACGAGGGAUCACCCUGUUCGCAUGCAGUUUGCCUGCAGAGGGGUUCCGACUCACAGCACAAGAUGACAGAGGGCAACCCGCUGGUGGAAAAUGACCCCACCAAAGCCACAAAAGAGAUGGACAAGUCGCACGCCGAAGACGAGAAUGAUGUGAAGAAAACGGCGGAACAAGCCCCGUUAAACGAGACUGAAGAGAGCGUGACCACCAAGGUGUCCGUGGAGCCGAGCAGUACAACCCCGAAAGAGUUUGUGCCUCCUGAGGGUGGCUGGGGAUGGAUAGUCAUGCUGGCUUCCAUGUGGUGCAACGGCUCCGUCUUUGGCAUCCAGAAUUCCUUUGGUGUGCUGUUUGUUGCCAUGCAGAGAGACUUCAGUAGUGGAGGCGACGAGGACCUGAAGUUUAAAACAGCUUUGGUGGGCUCCCUGUCAAUGGGGGUGAUUUUCUUAUGUUCUCCCAUUGUAAGCGUCUUCACAGAUCUUUAUGGGUGCAGAAAGACUGCCAUCGCUGGAGCUACAGUUGCCUUUAUUGGUCUUUUUUGCUGCUCUUUUGUAACUUCACUUGGGCCAUUAUAUUUCACGUAUGGGAUUGUAUUUGCAUGUGGCUGCUCCUUCUCCUACCAGCCAUCCCUGGUUAUCUUAGGGCACUACUUCAAGAAGCGACUGGGCCUUGUCAACGGCAUUGUGACCGCUGGAAGCAGUGUUUUCACCAUCUCCUUGCCUUUUCUCCUGAGGGUGGUUCUGGAAAAAAUUGGUCUGUUCAACACUUUUCGUGUCAUGAGCAUUUUUAUGUUCCUCCUCAUUCUUGCUGGAUGCACAUACAAGCCACUGAUUCCUUCUCAACCAAAAACAAAGGUGCAGAAGCAGGGACGCUGCAUGUUUUUGAGAAGGUUCUUCAACCUGAAAAUUUGGAAAUUUCGAGGAUACCGUAUCUGGGCAUUUGGCAUCCCGGCUGCACUUUAUGGAUACUUUGUGCCUUAUGUCCAUUUAAUGGAGCACGUGAAAGAAAGGUUUGGUCCUGAUGUCAACAAAGAAAUUCUACUGCUGUGCAUUGGCAUCACCUCGGGUGUUGGGCGUUUGAUUUUUGGAAGAGUAGCUGACUACAUUCCUGGUGUGAACAAAGUUUACCUUCAGGUAUCUUCAUUUUUUGUGAUUGGCCUGAUGUCCAUGAUGGUCCCAUUGUGCAAUGUUUUCGGAGGUCUUAUUGCUGUUUGCCUUCUCAUGGGUCUUUUUGAUGGCUGCUUCAUCUGCAUAAUGGCUCCUAUUGCUUUUGAGCUGGUUGGCCCUGAAAAUGUGUCGCAGGCCAUCGGCUUCCUUCUGGGAUUAAUGUCUUUACCUAUGACUGUUGGACCACCAAUUGCUGGAUUUCUACGUGACAGACUGGGCUCCUACGACGUGGCCUUCUACUUGGCAGGAAUCCCACCAAUCAUUGGGGGAGCAGUGUUGUGCUUCAUCCCUUGGGUUCAUCAUCGAAAUAUAAGAAAGAAGCAAGCAGAAGAAGGAGAAGCCAAAGAAAAAAUCAAUGAGCUUUCAGAUAAAUGUUGACCAGUAGAAAAUGAUGUCAAGUACAGCACAUGCAGAAUUUAAGUGUGUGUGCUGCAAAUCUAACAAAUCUGAAUGAUGCUGCGAGUAAGGGGGGGGGGAGAAGGCACACGACGGAUUGUGUGAUCUAGUGCAUUAUGACCUUUCUUUAGAUGUUAGCUUUGGUCAGACAUAUAGUUAAAAAGGGAUUCAAUAUUUCCAUCCAUCCUGUGCAAGUGCAUUCCUUUUAAUCUCUAUUAUGCUGUUAUGAUGAGUUAAGUAAAAGGCAGGCACUGUUGGCGAUUACUCAGAAAGUUUUUAUAUACGUGAAAAUCUUCAUAUUUAGUUGACCAAAAUUGCUGCUUGUUUUGUAGAAAUAAUCUGAAAUUUGCAUUUACACAUCCGUGUGAUAAAGCACAAUAGGAGUUUCUUAAAUCUGCCUCAAAAGUCAUGAUAGGCUGCCUUAUGUAUUUUAACGAAAGAAACACAACAGCGCUUUCAGCUCAGUCUGGGAUGGACAGUCACCUGGGAGCUGUUGUCUUUCUAGAGUAUCCUUAAAUAAGAUGCUGAGCAUGGCAAGAAAAUAAUUUGUAUUUUUUGCAUAAGACAAAGCCACAAAUGAAAUUGGAACCAAGAGCAUGUACCAUUUCUAGGUGCCACACAUGAGGGAAUGAAAGCGCAAUAUUGGGAAAGUUGCCGCAUUUUUUCUAACAAUAUGAAUCUCUCUCUCUUAAAAGCAAUGCCAUGCAGGCUAGACAGUGACAGAGGGUAAAGAAGACAGGAGCACCUCUAUAUGCUGAUGUGAUUUAUGUCUCCUCGUGUUUGCCAGUCCAUGAUGGCACUUGUCUUUUACGAGGAUAUAGGAUUAUACGCUCUUUGUAUGGCAGCUGCUUAAAAAUCCGUCUGGCAGCCAAGAAGAAGCCUUGCAUUCAGAUUUAUUAAAUAAUUUAGGACAUGUUGCAUUUAGGUAGACAUCGUUUUCUCAGAGGUUGUUGAGGACAUUUAGGACUCUGGCUAUAUUAUCAUCAUUUUUUUAUUUCUGAAUUUUUUUUUUUUUUUUGCCUAUAAAGCACAAUGAUGUCCUAAGCUAGGCCAGCUUUGGCUUAGUAAGCAAUAUACAGUGUUAGAGAUCACUCCUGCCACUGAGUCAGCGGUCAUCUCACUGGCAGCGGUGCCUCAUUUGUAAUUUGGAGCUAUAAGCAGGAUAUGAAGCAAUAUUUCUUCUUUGGUUCUUUGGCUACUCAGACUAACAAACCUGGCACAGACUUUCUGGUGUCCGUUUACUCUCUUCCUUCAUGUUUCGUGAAGCGGAAUGCCUGUAAAUCAUGUAUCCUGUUUAAGAUAGCUCUUUUUGUUUUGGUCACGUUACUGAAUAAAAGGGUAGAUUAUAUGAACAGAUGAGCCACCCAGCAGCACGGGACAACUCGUCUUGUCUAUGCAGAGUAAAAUAUUGUGUUUAUAGAAGUCAUACAUGACAGUGGAAAUGUAAAUAGAGAGCCCCAGCAUUUUCAGUUUGUGACUAAGAAUGAUUUUUUUUUUUUUUGGCCUGUUAUUCUAUUUUGCAUUGCUCAGCAUGAAUGUCGUAUUAACAUUCUGCCUCGACCCUCUCAGAGACAUGCUCUUCUGGAGCUCCCUUCAAACCUUUGGCAUGACUGGCCAUUUUAUUACUUCAUACAUCAGUUGUCGCUUUCAAUAUUUCAGUGAUUUUUACAUUACUUUUAUUCUGUCAGUAAAAAAAUACAUAUAUUUGUGCUUUGGUUGGUGCUCAUGUGAUGCAUUUGUGGCUUAAUUUAUUACUAUUAUGUUUGCAAAUACAAAUCUCUUGACUUACUUUAAUCACAAUUUACCAGCUACUACAAACCUACCUCAGUUGUUUCUUCAGAAUUUGCAGUAUUGACAGGCAGUGAUGCUCAUAAAAGCAGAAGGAGUUUGCUAUAAAUCUGAAUUCUGUUCACGCAGGCAGCGUCUUCUUCACAAUAAUCUGUAGCAGCACUUACUAGAUGGGGAGAAUCUGAAAAAAAACACAACCAGCCGUUCUGUGCUUCAGUCCAUUAGAAGAUGUUGGUUCAUAUGGGAUCAACAACAACAACAUUUAUUUAUAUAGCACAUUAUCAUACAAAUAAUGUAGCUCAAAGUGCUUUACAUGAUGAAGAAAAAGAAUUAAA